AUGGCACCGAACGCCGCCCCUCGCUCAUACCUGUCCGUCCGGGAAGGGCUGCUGCAGUGCGUCUUCCAGCGCGAGGAUCCGUUGGAGGAUAGCGAUGCCUACUGGGGUGAGGAAGUUACUCGAGAGGCGGAGGUGCCGGACGGGCCGAGGCCGCUCUGGCUCCUCAACGUGUGCCGCACCAGCUGCGGCUUCUGCCAGCGGCUCGCGCCGACGUGGGAGCUGCUGGCGGAGCGCCUCGCGCGGCUUGCAGGCGUCGCCUACUGGGACGCUGACUCGCUGCCCGAGCUACCGCCCGAGCUGGGAGAUGUGCGUGCCACGCCGGCCGUCUUUGCCCUCGUGCCGCCCGCGGCAGCCGCGCCGAACGCGUCGGCGCGGCGCUGGACAGCAGUCGCGUACGCCGGCAGCCUCGACGUCGACAGCCUGUCCGGAUUUGCCGCCGCGUACAUGCCCACUCGAACGCGGCAGCUGCACGACGACGACGCGUGGGCCUCCUUUGCGCGCCUCGCCGCGCAGCGCUCGGUCCCGCGCGCAGUCGCCUUCUUCAACCGGUCACGCGCCGCGCAGACGCCCCCGAUCCUGAGCGCCCUCUCGAGCGCGUACGCCGACUCGCUCCUGUUUGGCGAGGUGCGACUGCACGGCCAGGCCGAGGGGGACGCGCCCUUUGAGUGGGCGCGCUCCUCGGCGGUGCUCGACUCCCUCCCCGCCUUGGUCGUCCUCCCUCCGUCGGGGCGACCGCAGGUCUGCGAGAGCUGGGCGCCUCCGCGCGUCGCCGCGUGCCUGACCGCGGUCGGCGGGAGCAUGGCGCCCUCGUGGUCCAGCGGGGCGUGGGGACGAUUGGGAACCCCUCAACCGGACAUCGUGAGCUCGUGA